CAAACAAGUCCGGCGUCACGAAUGAAGACACGAAUUCUAUCGGCGGACCGUGGGUGGUGGUCCUCCUGGAGGGGGCGGGUCGGGAGCGUUGUGAGGAGAUUCUGGACCUGAUCCAUUGAAUCCACCUGCGUGUCCGGUUCUGGACGACAAGUAACACUCGGCAGGUCGGACGGAACCGGACCUGGCCCGGUUCGAGGAUCCGCACCGGAUCAACUUCUGGAUCUGAAGCGCACACCAGCCUCGCUGUCUUCAGACCGACAGCAUGACCGCCUGGUUCAUCUGAACCGCGGGCAAAACGUUCGCUUCCCUCGGCGACUCGAUCUGGACUGACCGCCGGCGAACAUGCGCGCACUCCGACUGCUGGUUAUGGUGCUGCUCUGGGUCCUGGCGGGGGUGCGGACGACUCACGGAGCCUGUGUCUACGAGGGAGCGCUGCACGAGAACAACACGUCAUGGAGGCCCGAUUCCUGCCAGGGCUGCAGCUGUCAAGACAACGUGGUCGUCUGCAGAGCCGUACGCUGCCCAAACCCCAACUGUGACCCCCAGAGGGGUGAGCUACUGCGGAUCCCAGCGGGAGACUGCUGUCCUGUGUGUGUGUCGUCGUCUCAGAACUCGUGUCAGCACGAGGGAGAAACAUUCGGGCACGACAGUCAGUGGAGCCCGGCGCCCUGUUCCGUCUGCGUCUGCUCCCGAGGGGAAGUCACGUGUGGGCCACCCCGCUGCCACUCUGUCACCUGUCCUGCCGAUCACCAGCUGUUCACCCCCCCUGGAGAGUGUUGCCCCAAGUGUGCACGCAAUGGACGGUCCUGCUCCUGGCAGGGAUCCCUGUACAGGGACGGGGACGAGUGGAAGUCUAGCCAGUGCUCCAGGUGUGUGUGCAGUGACGGGGACGUCCAGUGUUCUGUGGUGGAGUGCCCACCCGUUGCCUGCACACCACAGGAAAAUCUGGUCAUCCAGCCCGGGAAGUGUUGUCCACAGUGUGUGUCCGACCCCUGCCUGUCUGCUGGGAAGCAGUACCAGAAUGGACAACAGUGGCAGAAAAACUCCUGCACCACGUGCGUGUGUGACCAUGGCCAGUCCAAGUGCCAUAUCAGCAGCUGCCAACCCAUCUCCUGUGAAAAGGGUCAGGUGAAGGUCAAGCGUGCGGGUCAGUGCUGCGAGGAGUGUGUGGCAGCCAGAGGCAGCUGUCUCCACGAGGGGGUGGCUCGUUACCAUGGUGACAUGUGGAACUCCAGCAACUGCAAGUUCUGCAGCUGCACCCGGGGCCACGUUUUGUGCCGGCGGGCCGAGUGUGGACGCGUCCAGUGUCUAGAGGGUUCAGAAGUUCGUCUCCUGCCUGGAAAGUGCUGCCCCGAGUGUUUGGCGAAGAGAACUUCAUGUGUUCACCGCGGCAAGUCCUACAAGGAUGCAUCUCGUUGGACUGACAGCCCCUGCCAGGCCUGCGAGUGUCACAACGCUGAGGCCACCUGCUACGUGCGCACCUGUCCCACCUGUCCACCAGGCACUCUGACCGUCGCCCACGCUGACCGCUGCUGCCCCGAGUGUCACCCAGUCCAGUGCCACAGAGAUUGCUUGUCCUGUUCGGGGUCUCCAGACCACUGUGACUCCUGCAAGGACCCCAAGUCUGUCCUCCAUCGGGGCCGCUGUCUGACCUCCUGUCCUGCUGGAUUCUUCACCAAUGGAACCACAUGUGAAGCUUGCCGUGCCUCCUGCUCCUCCUGCUCCAGUGGCCUGGACUGCCAGUCCUGCAGCUCGCAGCGGCCCCUGCUGAGUCCUGAUGGCGACCAGUGUGUGAACUCCUGUCCUGCUGAUUCCUACCAGCACGACCUCCGACGCUGUCGUCGGUGUCACCACUCGUGUUCCACCUGCUCCGGUCCGAGUCAGCAGGAGUGCACGUCAUGCUCCGGUCCUGCUGCCUUGCUCAAAGCAGGGGAGUGUGUGAGCGAGUGUGGCGAUGGAUUCUACGGUCGAGAGGGCGUGUGUGUCGCCUGCGACUCCUCCUGUGCUUCCUGUUUCCCCGACAGCCCUGUGUGCAGCAGCUGCCCUGCAGGGGCUGCGCUGCAUCAUGGGAUGUGUAUUUCUCAGUGCCCGACACAGCACUACAGGGACCAGAGCAGCAGAUGCAGAGCGUGCCACGCCUCCUGCUUGUCCUGUCACGGGCCAGCACCGUCACAGUGCCUCAUGUGUGCAGACGAUCUUCUCCUCCACCAGGGGGAGUGUGUGGAUGCCUGCGGUGACGGACUUUUCACCCUGGACGGCGGCUGCCACAACUGUCACCCGUCGUGCCGUUCAUGCGUUGGGCCGCGGGCCUCUGACUGUUUGCGCUGCAGCAAAGCAGACGAGGUUUUGCUGCUCUCGCCGUCCUCCAGUCACGGUAUCUGUGCGGCAGCAUGCCCCGCCCACAGCUUCCUCGACCCCACGCACACCUGCGCAGAGUGUGACACGUCCUGCUGGACCUGUCUGGGACCGUCAGCUGAAAACUGCACAUCCUGUUCCCCCCCUGCCAGCUUGCAGGAUGGGCGCUGUGUGCACACCUGCCAACAGGGGGCGUUUGUGCAGGACCAAGAAUGUCACAAGUGCCACCCCUCCUGCCUCACGUGCUCUGGACCCUCGCAGGCGGACUGCACCUCCUGCCCCCUACAGGCCACCCUGCAGAGCGGCUAUUGCAGGAGCAGCUGUCAAGACGGACGCUACCUCAACCCUUCCACCGGGAGCUGUCUCAAGUGCAGCUCAGACUGCCAGCGCUGCACGGCCGACCUUCAGACUGGGGUGGGGAGUGUGUGUCUCUGGUGUAAGUCAGCUCGGAUGCUGCUGCUCGGUGACCACUGCGUCUCUCAGUGUCCAACGGGAAGAUUCCAACUGCAUGGCGCCUGCAUCAGAUGCCAUACAUCAUGUGACACCUGCAGUGGUGCUGGGCCUCUGUCAUGCACUUCCUGUCCCGCCUCCACCUUCCUGUUGCCAUCCGGACUGUGCGCUCCCGAGUGUCCUCAGGGUCACUAUGAAGAGGGUCAGCGUGUCUGCCGGGCUUGCGACACUCAGUGUCUCACCUGUGACCCGAGUGGCGCCUGCACUUCCUGUCGGGAUCCCAGCAAGGUUCUGCUGUUUGGAGAAUGUCAGUACGACAGCUGUGCGCACCAGUACUACCUGAACACCAGCAGCCGCGCCUGCAGAGAGUGCGACUGGAGUUGUAACACCUGUAGGGGCCCUCAGCGCCAUGACUGUGUCCAGUGCAUGGAUGGACUGGUGCUGCAGGAUGGCGUUUGCUCCCAGGCCUGUGGGGACGGCUUCUUCUUGGACGGCGACCGGUGUGUCGCCUGUGACGAUGGCUGCCUCCAGUGUCUCGGCCCUGCUCGCUGUCAGAGGUGUCGAUCUCCUCAUGUCGCCCUACGGGGUCACUGUGUCCUCCAGUGUGGGCAGCGCUUCUUCCUGGAUGCCGCCACACGAGUGUGCAAAGCUUGCUCCACUGACUGCGUUCUCUGCGACGGUGUGGGCCUCUGCCGGGCAUGUCGGGAAGGAACCUUCAUGAUGGAGGGCUACUGCACCCCUGACUGUGGGCAUGGAUACUACCAGGAUGCUCAGACCAGAAGCUGCCUCGUGAAUGCUGCCCCGCCUGCUCUGCAAGUUCUGGGGUCUCUUCUGGUCCCUCUGGGCGGGCGGGCUGCCCUGGUUCCAAGUCUGCUCCAGGUCAGCGACCCCGACAGCCCAGUGGAGAGGAUGUCCUUCCAUCUGGUCCAAGGUCCAAGAAGUGGACAUCUUGUUCUGCUCGUGCGGGACCAGGAUGGUGAGGUGGGAGCGCAGGCCCGGGACCAGGAGCUGCACAAGGACGACACCUUCACCUGGAACCAGCUGAGUACAGGACAAGUCCAGUUUGUUCACCACAGAGGGAAACCCAGGACUGACUCGUUUUCUCUUCGAGUUUCCGACACGCAACUUUCCUCUCAGCCGCACAUGGUCCAGGUCCAAGUGGUGUCCAUGCAGCCCCCGCGGGUUCUCGCUCUAGCCCCACUCCACCUUGAAGCUCCUGGCACAGCUGUCACUCUCACCAAGUCAGUCCUGCAGGUGGACGACCCUGACAAUCCAUCAGAUGUCCUGCUCAUGGUCCUUGAGCCGCCCAAUCAUGGCCGACUGAGCCGUCUCCACAGCGACCGCGCGCUAAGCCAGUUUAAGCUGGACGAGCUGUUGCGAGAGCAGAUCCGCUACAUCCACGAUGGGUCGUUGGCGCCGGAGGACACUGUGCUGCUGCAGGUCAAUGAUGGGCACAGCUACCAGAACCUCCUGCUGCUGGUUCAAAUCUCGCAGAAGAUGUCUGGCGCCUCUCACACCCUCGCUGGUCUGGGCUCUGCCUGGGUGAAGGAGGGUGGCAUGGUGCGGUUAGACCGGAAGCAGCUGAACACUGAGGUCAUCGGCGUGGCCAGUGAGGAUGUGGUGUACAACCUCAUCCCUGCACAAGGGCGGCCAAGACAUGGUGAGGUGGUGCUGGUGCCCAUGCCGGCAGAUGGCCCGGCUGAGCGGUGGCGCCCCCUAGUGAGCGACAGCUUCACGUCCACCACCUCCUUCACCCAGCAGGACGUGAACGACGGCAGCGUGUGGUACCGACACUUGGGCGGUGCAGCAACUAGUGACUCCUUCCAGUUCAAGGUUUCCACGCCGGCACUGCAGCAGGGCGACGCUCAGACCUUCACCGUUGGAGUUCUUCCACAGAUCCCUGGAUUCCCUCAGCUGGACCCUGAAUGUGACCUGCAGGUCACGGCUCUGGAGGACCGCGUCACAGAGCUCACUCCUUCAGCUCUGUCCUUCAUUGACUCAGAAACUCCGAGCCAGAAACUCGUCUACAACAUCACUAAACCUCUGCAGCUGGGUCAAGGGGCGAUCGAGCACCGGGACAGGCCUCACGUGGCUGCCACUGUGUUCACACAGGACGAUGUCAACAGAGGGAAGAUCAUCUACAGACCUCCAGCUGCCCCGUCACACCUGCAGGAGCUCUACCAGUACUCCUUCAUCGGUCUGCCUGAGUCCCUGAGCGUCUACUUCACUGUUUCUGACGGAGAACACACAACUCCAGAAAUGGAUUUUGCUGUUCUACUUCUGGCAAAUCAUCAGCAGCCUCCGGUGUUCCAGGUCCUAGACCCGCUUCUGGAGGUGACCCGAGGGGGAGAGGCCGCUAUAGGAGGCCAGCAACUCGCGGUCAGUGACGCCGACACAGCUCCAGACGACUUGGAGUUCGAGCUGGUGGAAGCACCGCUGCAUGGCGAGCUGAUGAAACGUGAUGGACUCACAUACACCGGCAUGCAGAACGGCGACAUCUUCAGCUUCAGUGACGUCACUCAGAGCCUUUUGGUCUACCGACACUCCGGACUGUCCACACAAGAGGACGCCAUCACCUUCUCAGUCAGCGAUGGCAUCUCCAUGGUGACCACAGUGAUGCAUGUGCAGGUUCUGGGCGCAAACAGCGAAGGUCCGCAGAGAGACCCGGCCGCCACGCUGUCGCUAGAGGUGGCAAAGAAGAGCAGCACGGUGAUCCGCCGUGCACACUUGGCCUUCACCGAUGACGAGUCUCCAGAUGAGAAGAUCCGGAUCCAGUUGGUGUCAGUUCCAAUGUACGGUGUCCUGACGCUGACCAAGGCCAAGCAAGAAGAGCUGCAGCUGCAGGAGUACUACACCUUCACAAUGGAGGACGUGACCCAGAACCGGCUCAGAUAUGUCACCUCACUGGACACCGGUAGCCAGCCCAUUACGGAUGUUUUCCACUUUGUGGUUUAUGACAGCGACAACAACCGCUUAGACAACCAGAUGUGCACCAUUACCAUCACCCCGUCGCCACGACAGCCACCAACCGUCACCGUCCGCAGCGGCGUCAAGGUGCAAGAGGGUGGUCGGGUCCAGCUAUCCACCAACCACAUUAUCGUGUCGGACCUGGACACACCCAGGAAGGAGCUGCAGGUCUGGCUCGUCAGCCCACCGAGGUUCGGCUACAUCCAGAACACAGGCAAAGGGGUCUCUGUUGGAGGAUCCGAGACUGUCAGACCUGGUGUCCCCUUCUCGGUGGAGGACCUGACCUCAGACCACAUCUUCUACGUCCAAGAUGGCAAGAAACACGCUGGCACUCAGCAGGAUGUGUUCAGCUUCUACAUCAGUGACGGACACAGUCAGACAGAGAACUUCAACCUGGAGAUUCUCAUCCAGCAGAGCCAUGAGGACAGAGAGCCGCUGGUGUCGGUCAGCAGCGUGCAUGUGGAGGAAAACUCUGGAGUUGUCAUCACAAACUCGUCUCUGAACGUCCAGGACCAGGACACACCUGAGAAUGAGAUCCUGUUCACUGUCGUGAACAAACCUGCUCAUGGGAAGCUGCGCAGACGUCAAUUCUACUCACAGCCACUGCAGAAUGGCCGUGUGCUCUCUCAAGGCUCCACCUUCACCUACCAGGAUGUGCUGGACCAGCUGCUAGUCUACACGCCCGAGAGUGUUGGCGGGGGGUCCGACACGCUGGACUUCACGCUGACCGAUGGCAUCUACACCCACAGAGGCCGUCUGGAGUUCAGCGUGAACAAACGGAGGAGCGAGGCACCGAGGAUGACUGUCAACAGAGGCCUGCAGCUGCCGGCAGGUUCUUCGGCCAAGAUCACGGAGCAGAACCUGAAGGGAACAGACCUGGACUCCGACAACCUGAAGCUGGAGUACGUGCUGACCUCUGACCCGCAGAGUGGACGUCUUCUGCUCAGCAAGAGAGGACACUCGGACAACAUCUCAGUGAAGGGUCCCAUCCAGAGCUUCACCCAGGAUGAUGUCAACAGAGGUCUCCUUCAGUUCAGCCACCAGAAAAGCCAGGAGGGAGGCAGCGUGUCGUUCAAGUUUGACCUGCUGGACCCAGAGGGCAACAAGCUCAUGGACCAGUCCUUCUUCAUCAGCAUUAUUGAGGACCGUCUGCCCCCCUCCGUGGUGGUCAACAAGGGUCUGGUUCUAGAUGAGAACUCAGUGAAGAAGCUGACCACCCUGCAGCUGUCGGCCAGUGACCAGGACAGUGAGCCCGCUGAGCUGCUGUACCGGGUCACCAAGCCGCCGGGCCUGGGUCACCUGGAGCUUGCCACCAGUCCAGGUAGCAGAAUCAACUCCUUCACCCAGGCUGACCUCGCGUCUCGUAGCGUUCAGUACGUUCACACCAGCGAGGAGGAGAAACAUGCUGACCAGUUCUCCUUUGUUGUGACCGACGGGACCAAUGAGGUGGCUCAGACCUUUUACAUCACUAUCAGGCCCGUGGAUGACUCGCUGCCUCUGCUCCACGUUCCCGGGAUGCGAGUUCAGGAGGGUGUGCGGAAGACCAUCACAGAGUUCGAGCUGAAGGCCACAGACGCAGACACAGAGGCUGAGUCCAUCGUCUUCUCCGUGGUCCAGCCUCCUCGCCAUGGAACCAUAGAGCGCACCAGCAACGGGCAGCACUACCGUCAGACCAGCACCUUCACCAUGGAGGACGUCUACCAGAACCGGGUCAGCUACAACCACGACGGCUCCAACUCCCUCAAGGACCGCUUCAGCUUCUCUGUGACGGACGGAACAAACGCCUUGUUCCUGGUGGAAGAGGGCGGCCGAGAGACUGUCACAGCAGCUCCUCAGAAGUUCAAGAUCGAGAUCCUGCCAGUGGAUGACGGAACACCGCGCAUCAUCACCAACCUCGGCCUGCAGUGGCUGGAAUAUAUGGACCACAAGGCAACCAACCUGAUCAGCAAGAAGGAGCUGCUGACUGUGGACCCGGACACUGACGACGGUCAGCUGGUGUACGAGGUCACCACAGAGCCAAAGCUGGGCUUCCUGGAGAGCAAGCUGAAGCCGGGAACUCGCAUCAGCACCUUCACUCAGGCCGACAUCAACGUGGGUCUGAUCCGCUAUGUUCUGCAUGAGGAGAACCUGCAGGAGACCUCAGACCUCUUCAAGUUCCUGGUCAAGGACAGUAAACCCAACGUUGUGAGUGACAACGUCUUUCACAUCCAGUGGUCCCUCAUCAGCUUCCAGCACAGCAGCUACAACGUUAGCGAGAAGUCUGGCAUUGUCUCAGUGACGGUGAAACGGACUGGGAACUUGAACCAGUACGCCAUCGUCCUGUGCCGCACCGAGCCAGGCAGCGCCACGUCCAGCAGCAGCGUCGGGUCAGCACCGGGUCAGCAGGACUAUGUGGAGUACGCUGGGCAGGUCCAGUUCGACGAGCGCGAGCACACGAAGGUGUGCAGUAUUGCCAUCAACGAUGACUCCGUCUUCGAGGGCUUUGAGAGCUUCACGGUAGAGCUCAGCAUGCCAGUGUACGCGCUGCUAGGCGCCACAACGCGUGCCACAGUGCACAUCAACGACACAGAGGAUGAGCCGGCGCUGCAGUUUGACCAGAAGACUUACCAUGUGAACGAGAGUGGAGGCUUUGUGCGCGCACCUGUACUGAGGAGAGGGGACACGUCCGGCACGGUGUCGGUGCUCUGCUACACUCAGUCCCGGUCAGCCAGGGGCAGCAGCCUUCACGCUCUGGAGUCCGGCUCCGACUUCAAGAGUCGCGGGAUGAGCAAGGACAGCCGGGUGGUGUUCGCACCCGGUGUCAGCAUGGCCACCUGCGACGUUACGCUCAUCGACGACAGCGAGUAUGAACUGUCGGAGGAGUUCCAGGUGAUGCUGUCUGACGUCUCGGAAAAUGCCCGCCUGGGGGACAUCACUGGGGCCCGGGUGGUGAUCAAUGGACCCAAUGAUGCGUCCACAGUCUCACUUGGGAACCUCACAUAUACCUUCAGUGAAGAUGCGGGAACCAUCGAAAUCUCGGUGCUGCGUUACGGCAGUGACCUCUCCUCGACUGCGUCCGUCUGGUGUGCCACUCGACCAACUGACCCUCAGUCCGCCAGCCCAGGUGUUGACUAUGUCCCCAGUUCCAAGAAGAUUGAGUUCAAACCGGGAAAAACUCUGGAGAUCUGCAGUCUGACUGUACUGGACGACGUCCAGAACCCUGUCAUUGAAGGCCCGGAGUCAUUCCUGGUCUUUCUCAGUUCUCCUCAUGGCGCCGUCCUGCAGGAGCCGCACGAGGCCUCCGUCAUCAUCAGCGACUCCUUCCUGGACAUACCCAGCAUGCAGUUUGAGAAGUCCUCGUACACGCUGAAGGAGUCAGACGGCGUUCUUCAUGUCCCGGUCAUCAGAACUGGCGACAUAUCGGUCCAGUCGUCGGUCCGUUGCUUCACGCGGACGAUGUCAGCGCUGGUGAUGGACGACUUUGAGGAGCGGCGGAAUGCAGACGAGUCCAGGAUCACGUUCCUGAAGGGCGAGAAGGUGAAGAAUUGCAGCGUCCAUGUGCACGAUGACUCGGUCUUCGAGCCUCGCGAGGAAUUCCAGCUGCAUCUGGGGACGCCGCUUGGUGACCACUGGAGCGGCGCCAUGGUGGGAGCCAACGACAUAGUGACCAUCACCAUCAGCAACGACGAAGAUGCUCCGACCAUCCUGUUCCAGCAGUCAUCCUAUCAGGUCCGUGAGCCGCCAGGCCCAGACGGGGUGGAGAUUCUGAAUAUCCGUGUCAAUCGCCACGGCGACCUGGACCGAACGUCCAAGAUCCGCUGCAGUACACGAGACGGAUCGGCUCAAUCUGGGGUGGACUACAAUCCAAAGAGCCGAGUGCUCAAGUUCACACCAGGUCUGGACCACAUCCUUUUCCCGGUGGAGAUUCUGUCCAACGAAGACCGGGAGUGGCAUGAGUCCUUCUCUCUGGUCCUCGGACCCGAUGAUCCAGUGGAGGCGGUACUGGGGGAGAUCACCACGGCGACGGUUACCAUUCUGGACCAGGAGGCUGCGGGCAGUCUUAUCCUCCCAGCCCCCCCCAUUGUGGUCUCUCUGGCUGACUAUGACCACGUCCAGGAGAUGACCAAGGAGGGCAGCAAGAAGACCCCCUCACCCGGCUACCCACUUGUGUGUGUCACCCCGUGUGACCCCCACUAUCCCAAGUUCUCGGUGAUGAAGGAGCGCUGUGAGGAGGCGGGAAUCAACCAGACCCAGGUCCACUUCUCCUGGGAAGUGGCAGCACCAACCGACACCAACGGAGCACGCUCACCUUUUGAAACGGUGACUGACACAACGCCGUACACCGGCGUGAACCACAAGGUUCUGGACAGCAUCUACUUCAGCCGACGCUUCCACGUCCGCUGUGUGGCUCAGGCCAGAGACAAGGCUGGUCACCUGGGCACUCCACUGAGGAGCAACAUCGCCACCAUCGGUACAGAGGGCUCGAUCUGUCACACACCAGUCACCACGGGGACAGCUCGGGGAUUCCAGGCCCAGUCCUUCAUUGCCACACUCAAGUACCUUGAUGUCAAGCACAAAGAACAUCCCAACCGGAUUCACAUCUCAGUGCAGGUGCCGCACCAGGACGGCAUGCUGCCCCUGGUGUCCACCAUGCCACUGCACAACCUCAACUUCCUGUUGUCAGAGUCCAUCUACCGACAACAACACGUCUGCUCCAACCUUGUGACUCUGAAGGACCUGACGGGCCUGUCCGAGUCGGGCUUCCUGGACGACAUGUCGUACGAUCGGAUCUCUCUCGGACCGGGCUUUGACCGCCCGUACCAGUUCGACGCCCAGGUCCGGGAGCCCAAGACCCUGCUGCUGUACAAGCACCUGAAUCUGAAGAGCUGCAUCUGGACCUUCGACGCCUUCUACGACAUGACAGAGCUCAUCGACGUCUGCGGCGGCUCUGUCACUGCCGACUUCCAGGUCCGGGACUCGGCCCAGUCCUUCCUGACCGUGCAGGUGCCGCUCUACGUGUCCUACAUCUAUGUGACGGCGCCACGAGGCUGGGCCUCUCUGGAGCACCACACUGAGAUGGAGUUCUCCUUCUUCUACGACACUGUUCUGUGGAGGACCGGGAUCCAGACCGACAGCGUGCUGUCAGCUCGACUCCAGAUCAUCAGAAUCUUCAUCCGAGAAGACGGUCGACUGGUCAUUGAGUUCAAGACUCACGCCAAGUUCAGAGGUCAGUUUGUCCUUGAGCAUCACACACUGCCGGGUCACAAGUCCCACCUGAUGGCACCGGACCACCUCGGAGGCAUCGAGUUCGACCUGCAGCUGCUGUGGAGCGCUCAGACUUUCGACUCGCCGUACCAGCUGUGGCGAGCCACCAGCUCUUACAGCAGGAAGGACUACUCUGGCGAGUACACGGUCUUCCUGGUGCCCUGCACCGUGCAGCCCACGCAGCCGUGGGUCAACCCGGGAGAGAAACAGCUGUCCUGUACAGCGCACGCCCCCGAGAGGUUCCUCUUGCCGAUCGCGUUCCAGCAGACCAACCGGCCGGUGCCCGUGGUCUACUCCCUCAACACGGAGUUCCAGCUCUGCAACAACGAGAAGGUUUUCCUGAUGGAUCCAGCCAGCAUCGACGUCUCCAUGAACGAGAUGGACUACAAGGGUGCCUUCUCCAUGGGUCAGACGCUCUAUGGCCGAGUGCUGUGGAAUCCCGACCAGAACUUGAACUCUGCCUACCGGUUGCAGCUGGAGAAGGUCUACCUGUGCACCGGCCGGGACGGCUACGUGCCUUUCUUUGACCCCACGGGGACACUGUACAACGAGGGUCCUCAGUACGGCUGCAUCCAGCCCAACAAGCACCUGAAGCACCGGUUCCUGCUGCUGGAUCGUAAACAGCCUGACGUUUGUGACCAGUACUUCCACGACGUUCCCUUCGAGGCUGACUUUGCCUCAGACAUCCCUGAGCUCCGUCCGGUGACGGCCAUGCCUGGCGUGGACGGAUUUACCAUGAAGGUUGAUGCCCUUUACAAGGUGGAGGCGGGUCACCAGUGGUACCUACAGGUAAUUUACGUGAUCAGUCCCGAGUCCCGGUCGGGUCCCAGAAUCCAGCGCUCUGUCACCUACCAGCUUAGCCGGCCCAGACGCGAUCUGGUGGACCGCAGCGGCCGUCUGACUCUGGACGAGUCGCUCAUCUAUGACAACGAGGGCGACCAGGUGAAGAACGGCACCAACAUGAAGUCGCUGCGUCUGGAGGUGGCGCCAUCCGCCACCUACCGCGCCCACACCGGGGGCUCUGUGGCCGGGGGCGUGGCCGCCGUCAGUCUGCUGGUCCUGGUCCUGCUGGCCGGUUGCUUCCUGUUCCGCCGCUGCCGGGUCCUGGGCACCAAGGCGACAGCCCAGGCAUGCGAAGAGUAUCCUCUCAACACCAAGGUGGAGGUCUGCAUGGACAAGAGCCUGCAGAAGAACUUCGGCACGGUUCGCAACGUCAACCUCCUGCCCCAGGAGCCCAGAGCCAAAGUCAAGCAGGUCAACCUGCAGGUCAAAGUUCACAACAACCUGAGCGACGGCACCGAGGUGUGAACCACUGGGAGCACUGCGGUCCCACCUUCGGUUUUGAACUUUUUUACAUCUCCAUAUUUGAACUCUUUUGUACCAAGUGUAUUUUUCUAGUAUGGGACUCGAGCCCUCGCCACCUGCCGAGUCCUUCACCAGUCUAUGACCUGCUGCAUGAGUUACCUCACUGGAGUAAACCACGUGACCAGCUGAGUCAGGGUCCGAGGCAGAGGAACAGGAAGUGGCGAGGAGUCAUGUGACUCUGCAGAAGAGGAAGAACGGUCAGAGUAAAACAAUAAUAAGCAGGUGAAUCCUGAGCGAGCGUCGCACCUCAGGUGCUCAUGAGAGGAACUCGAGCAUCAUUCUAAUCAGAAUGCAAAUGUGAUGACUGAUGACUUCCUGUUGAGUCCUCAGUGGGCUCAACAGGAAGUCUGCCACUACCUUCGUCCACAGGAGACUGGGAUUCUGCUCACGGCACGAUAGUGAGGUCACUAGUGUGCGCUACCCAAGUCUCCUGCCGCCAAAGAGAUUCACUUUGUCCAAACAUACGACCAUCUUUCCCUUUGCCGAGGACUGGUGUCCAGGUCAGAACCACAGCCACUGAGAGCUUUCUCUGCUGUCCGUCUGUGGAGUUGUUGGUUUGGUGCUACAUUUGCCUUUGUCGAAUCACUGGUUCGUGUUCUCUGGUGCCUUUUUAAAAUUGAAUUCUAAUAAACUCACAAAUGUGAUGGUUGUGUGUGUCCUCUGCUGCCCCACUUGGCUGCCUGUGUGUUUGUAUUUAAACUUAUCUAUCCUAGCGAGAACCUGUUUUGGAGAAAACACAUCCUUGUGGGGACAUUUUGCCAGAACCCACAAGGUAUGGCCUCCAUUUGAGCUUGAAGACUAAAAUAAAUGGGUUUCAGUUUGGU